AUGAGUUCAUUUCAAACGUCAAUAGGAACACGAAGUUCCACAAUGAUAGAAACUUCAUGUGGAUACCUACUUCAAGAAUUGCAGAUGAUCUGGAAUGAAGUAGGAGAGGAUAAGUUUGAAAGGGAGAAGGUUCUACUAGAUUUGGAACAAGAGUGUGUAGAGGUCUACAGGAAAAAAGUUGAUGCAGCAAAUACGUCAAGAGCUCGCCUGCAUCAGGAAUUGGCAGAAGCUGAGGCUGAACUCACCCAUCUUCUUUUGUCACUUGGUGAACGAUCAUUCCCCGCACGGCCAGAGAAAAUGACGGGAACACUGAAGGAGCAACUAGACUCAAUCACACCAGCGUUGCGGGAGAUGCGGUUGAAGAAAGAAGAGAGGGUCAACCAGUUUCGAGCCGUGCAAAGCCAAAUUCAGAAAAUUGCUGCAGAAAUAGCAGGUCGACCAGAGGUUAAUGACUCAUCACUAAAUCUCAAAAUGAAUGAAAACGAUCUUUCGUUGAAGAAACUUGAGGAGUAUCAAACUGAGCUACAGAGACUCCAUAACGAGAAGAAUGAGAGGCUCCAGAGAGUGGAAAAGUAUAUAGAUGUGGUCCACAAGCUGUCUACGAUAUUGGGACUGGAUUCCACUAACAUCAUCUCCGACGUUCACCCAAGUUUAAAUGACCUUUGCGGGAUUUCAAAAAACAUAAGCAACAGUGUCUUGGCUACACUCAACAGCACGGUGGAAUCACUUGAGGAGGAAAAGCAAAAGCGGCUUGAGAAGCUUCACCAGCUCGGUAAAGCAUUAACAAACUUGUGGAAUCUAAUGGAUACACCAUUUCAAGAACGUCGACUGUUUUCCCAUGUUAUUCGGUUGUUGUCAGUCUCAUCAACAGAGAUAUCAGAUCCAGGAAGCCUUACCCAAAAUAUACUCCUACAGGCUGAGGCUGAAGUGAAGAGACUGGAUCAGUUAAAAGCAAGCAAGAUGAAGGAACUAUUCCUCAAGAAACAGAAGGAGCUUGAGGAGAUAUGUCAUAGGUCGCACAUGGAGAUUCCUUCCCGAGCAGAAAUGGAUAACAUAAUCAACCUCAUUAGCUCUGGGGAGAUUGACCAUGCCGAUCUCCUCAUUAGUAUGGAUGAACAGAUAUCAAAAGCGAAAGAAGAAGCUUACAGCAGAAAGGCUAUAAUGGAGAAGGCAGAGAAGUGGAUGCUUGCAUGUGAUGAAGAGCAUUGGUUGGAAGAGUAUAGCAUGGAUGAAAAUCGAUACUCGGUCAGCAGAGGUGGUCAUAGAAACCUGAGACGAGCAGAACGUGCUAGAAUAACUGUCAACAAAAUCCCAGCCCUAGUGGAGUCGCUAAUAGAAAAGACUAACAGUUGGGAAGAAGAAAGAAGGAAGGUUUUCCUGUAUGAUGAGACUGUAUUUCCACUUGUGCAGGUACCUCUCCUAGCAAUGUUGGAAGAAUAUAAUGUAUUUAGGCAGGAAAAGGAGGAUGAGAAGCAGAGACAAAGGGAAAAGAAGAAGGUUCAAAACCAAGGAGUCGUUCAGCAAGAAUAUCCAUUUGGGACGAGGCCAGGCACAAGUAGUCGGCGACUUUCAGAUAGGAGUCUGAAUGGAGGUUUCACAAACACCAUACCUUUAAAUAGAAGGACCUCUCUUGGUAUCCAGCAAUUCGGAUCAAACACCAUCAAUACAGCCGCUCAAGGCAUAUCCUUCAUGAAGGAAGGAAAGAAAGCACAAGGACAUAAGUUGUUUUUACGGCCUGGCCUUGUUUCUAACUUUAGAGAUGAAACAGCUUCCGUGGUAUCAACAUUUUCGGGCCCAUUUUCUCCUUGAUUAACGAGUCUCUUUUCCAAGCUUCGUUUUCUACAAGAGUGCAUCAUUUCAUAGAGAGCCAUUUUACUUAACUUACCCCAGUACCAGCAGAGAUGCCGGAGCUAGAAGACGAUGGUUGAAUAAGAUUUAGGAUUGUUGGAUUUUCUCUACCGUAGGUUCAUGCUAAAGUGUGCAGUUACAAGUUCAAAACUAAAUAAAUUUUGUACAAAAUAAUUAUC